AUGUCGAGCCGAUCAGACAUGUCUGAGUCGCAAGAGACGAGGAGUAGAGGGUCGGCUUCUGGGGGUGACAGGGAGGAUGAUGUGGUGGAGCAGAUGUUUGAGGCAGCCGACCUGAUGGGAGAAGACAUGCCCAUUGGCCUUGGAGGAAAAUUUGAAUACCGUCGGGUUGGGGGGGACAGCCGAGGAGAAGUAAGUACUGCUGAUCAAGGCGAUUGGGAAGUUGCCGAGCAUGGCCAUCUAGGAGGUGCCGAGCAAGGAGAUUCGGUAGGUGCCGAGCAAGGCGAUGUAGGACGUGAGAGUGGGGUCAGGGAGGAAGUCAACGUGGUUGUGCCUGGCUCUAGUGGCGGGAUAGACAGCAAUGUGAUGGGGGAAGAAAUCGAGGUUGGGUGGUCGGCUGAUGAGCAUCCGAGCAGUAUCACUACACAACAGUUACAGCGACUGCGAGAGGAAUAUUCCAUACCGAGCAGUAGAGCAACCCUUCAUCUCAAAAGACCUGGAAACCGCAUUGGUUCUACGCUUCUGGGGCAUGGGAGUUCCCCGAAGGUGCCGAGCCGAGGAAACUCCGAGUUCAGAGGCGGUUCCGAAUGCCAGGUCUGGUUUGGAGUGGCAGACCCGUCCCCCCAUAGGGUUUUUAGUCUCCCUUUGCUAGAAUUGGAGCGAGCCGAUCUAUCCUCUACCGAGCAGGAGCAAGUUGAGAAAGUUCUAGCGUUGCCGAGCAUCGAGAGAUCGGCAGACGUCCUUCUAGCGAGGGAGGGGCUAAGUGACUCGAUAGGUAUGGGGCCAAAUCGGAACGACCCCAACAUGAAGGCGAGGUUGAUGAAAAUUGCCAAAGAGACAGUCAAAGGGUCGGCUGGGGGUUCGCAACCUCCUCGGACGGUGGGGUCGCCUCAUAUGACCGUGGCUAGAAGCCAAGGCGCAGGUGUGGUUGCUAUACCGGCCAGGGUUGGACAAAAGAGAGUAGCCGAGGAGAUUUCACUUCCGGACCUCGGAAAGAGACGUGCCGAGGGUGAACCGAAAACCAACAAGGGGAAGCGACCAGUAAGCUCGGCUGCUCCCGAAUCGGGAAAGAGUGCAAGUGUGGAUUCUGUGUGUGGUCCAUUGGAGCCAUGGGUGGACGGUGAGCUUGCACUGAGAGCCUUCCAACAAGAAGCCAAGCGCGUUUUGAGAGUGGAGGUGGUAAAGAGCAUGUUUACUGAGAACAUGGGAUACAGCGGUAUGACCAUGUCGGCUCUGGAGGACCAACUGAAGGCUACCUUCAAGCUCUUUGUCGCCGCUCAAAACGUCGCUGCUCACCGUGAUUUUGAUCGAGGAAAAAGGGACGAGCAUGCCGUGACGACGGCUGAACUGAAGAGGACCAUUGUGGAGAAGACGAAGGUGGAGGAGGAGUUAUUGGUGGUGCAGGGUCGGCUAGAUGCAGAGACGAAGAAGAACGCCGAGCUGCUGUUGUCAGUAAAUAAACUGACUGACGACAAGCAUAGUCUAGGCGCGGAGCUGUCUAAGUCUCAGGAGGAAUUAGGUGAGGCCAACCGAAAAAUUGAGGCCUUUGCAUCUGAGCUGAGGACUUGUUGUGACAAUGCAGUGAAGGACUAUGUAGGGUCGGCUGAGUACCAGGAAAUACUCGCUGCGCAACGAGUUGAGGGAUACUUUGACCUAAUCCAGAAGGUCGGCGAGAAUUAUCCUUCCCUCGAUUGGAAUUUCCUCGGCCAUGAAGUGGAAGAAGCCGAGGCUGGAGCCCACCAGGGAGGCGGGGCUGACUUGGUGAUGGGUUCGGGUUCCGGGUCAGUGAUUCAAGUAGCCGAGCUUCGAGGCCAAGGUGGCAGUGGCGUGGCCCGAGUAUCCACCGAACCGGCUGCUGGCCCAGAUGUUCCGAUCGGGGCUUCAGGUCCCUCUGCCAUUGCUGAUAGUGCUGCAAAUGUCUAGGUUUUAUGUGUGUUUUUUGUAACCGAUAUUGAGCUAUAUUUUGGAACAAUUGAACCUACGAUCGGAUCAAAGUUGGUUAGUUUAAUCGUUUACAAACUUCACAGUUUUUACUUUUAGUGAUUGUGCUUGUGCUUAUUUGGUGUGAGCAGAGCCGACCACAGGUUUGCAAAAUUUACAGAAAGUAACAAAAACAAAAAUAAAAUAACAAAAAUAACUAUCCCAAACGAGAGGAA